UUCACUGGAGAAAGAGCGUCCGAUUUACGAGUCAGUGGGGUAGGUAGGCGCAGACGAAAGUCCCGCCCCACCGGCUUCCGUAGACUCUGGCGAGACACCCUGGAUUUUUAACUGCGGGCCGGUGCGACAGCCACCAGCCGAUUCGGUUUCACGAAUCUAGGGCAUUCUGAUUACACCGGUGGGCAGAGCUAGUGCGCGUGAACGGCCGAGGGAGACCGGCCGGCCCGUGGCCACAGUGGCUCCUCGAUAUUAAAGCAAGAGGCGACAUCUGCUUUUCGUUGGAAUUUCCAACCGGGUAAACAACCGGCUUGUCGUCGGAAAUUGAGACUGUAUCUCGCUCCAGGCCCAACAGCGACAUGCUGUAAAUGGUGCUGUUGGUGAAGUGGAUUAUGCGAGAGUCAGGGCAAUACGGAUAUCAGUGUAAAUUAUACAGCUUGCAAUCGUAACUCUUCGAAUGCAUCGACGAAUACCUAAAGCAAGUUUCUAACGGACCAUGAUGCCGCGGAAGUGGUGUUGCCACAAAUCUGUGUCAGGAAGGGAAGAGCCGUACUGAACGAGCGACGCGGACUGCGUGUGGGCGCCACUGUCGGAGUUGUGAGCAGAAUAGAACACAAACUUGUGUUGCCAAUUGAAACAGUUGGUUGAGUGAAAGACGUGGAAAAAAUUUGUCUAAGCGUCUUCACAUUGGUACGGGCAAGGUGGGGCUAGGAUGCGAAGACAGCGGUUCGCGAAGGCAAGCAAAGAUCAUAGAAUAAAGCACGUGCUCUUCGUCCCCCUCGUACGGUAAUCGUGAUCCGCUUGAACAUUUACAGGUACCCAGGUUACCUGCUGAAUGGGGCUCCCCACAAACGCAGAACAAGUGACGGGAAAAACAAGAAGAACUAUGUUGCCGCAGAAUGAAUUUAGACAGGUAGGGGGAGGUUUGACGGACAGUGGGAUUUUUCUAAAAGAUGGGACCAGGCCCGGGAGAAGACUGCGGAUGCUGCAUGUAUGGAAUGACCCAACGAUACUACGAAACAAAUACACGCUCGGCGACGUGACUCCCUCCAAUCAAAAGCUCCAGACCAUCUUGCAAAGGACAGAGGUUACGACAAUGGCAUCGACGAAAGGGGACAUUAUUUUCCUCAUAACGGAGAACGAAGAAGGAUCCCGCCUAAUGCCGACAUUGAGAAGCUCGCCUUUCCGGUUGUUCCUACUCUCGCAGUGGAAGACGAACGGGUACCGACACGGUGCUGAAAACAGCCCUGUUUUCGUAAGCACAACCUAUGUUGAGCUCCCGUCUUUUCUUAGUAGUGAAGUGUCUGAGGACUAUCAAAAUAUGCCGUACCUGAUUUGCACGCCAGCGACAACGAUGUGUACGGAGAAGGCCCCCAUUUUUUCUGUGCGUACAUUCUGUUGCAACGCAGCCUGUCUGACGCAGUUGCUGGAAGCGGGCUGCCGUAACAUGAAGGGUCUCCUUGCCUUCCACUACCAUAGCCGCUGCCGAUUUGGCUGAAAACAAAUGUUGUAAUAAUUCUUGUGCCUGGUUCGUGGACAGCUGAAAGCGUAACUAGAACGUGCCCCGAUUAGUAUACAGUGCUUCAGCAUUUGUACUACCGCUCGCAUACGCAAUAGCCUUUAGGAAUGCAUGACCCUUCGCUGACAGAGGUGUUUUUUAUAGAAGCGGUCGUCAAGUGAUGCCCAGUCAACACUGUUUUGGGGUCGCUGUAGUUCUUACAAGCGACGUUUGCUCUUUGGAACUGGGGGCUAACGACACUGGGACGGUGCAGUUCCACCACGGCUGCGAAAUCGAGUAGUUCACAUGCAUCAUCGAUAGAUAUUGUUCCUGGGUGUUUGCCUCCAUUGGGAGUGCGGGGUUUAUUGGAACUGCCGACAUUCUGUUUUUUCAGCAACAAUUUAAAUGGUGCCCUAUUCCCAGUUAGAGCCACGGGAGUAUUGAGUGCUGGUCAGGCAACAAGGGCCCAAGUGGAUACAAGGAACACGAAAGCAAAAUAAUAGUGCUCAACGUAGUAUGUAGUUGAAAGCAGUGUGAGCCACAAUGGGAGGUCUAUUCUCUCUAGAAAUCAUCGAUGGCUGUGCACGCCAAGUCUCUGUGAACAAAUGAUAGAAAGUGAACGCUGCAUCGGAUGCCGCAUGGUGGGGCGGUCUGCGUGCCU